CACGCAAGUAUCCCUUCAUGCGGGAGAAAGUUGGUUCAGGACAUGAUGCUUUACGUGACUCUUUAAAAAACAAAUUGAAAAAGGAAAGGCGACCCCUUAUUGGUGACUCGAUGGUGCAACAAAUGCGUGCAAAGUUUGCUGUGGCAGAAUCUGGAAAGAACCAUAGUUUUCCGGGUCAACCAAGCCAGCUUUUCCACAACAACAGGCCCACUGCUCAGGAGAGUGAAGAAUGUAGAGAGGAUGAAAGGAGCAUUGAAGCUCAUAUCAAUGAAAUGUCUACAGAGAUGCUUAAGGUACACCCAGAUCUGAACUCUUUAAAGGAGAGAAUGAGACGAACCUAUGCAUACCGAAAGACCUUCAUGGCAACUGCCAAGGCAGAGGAAAUCAUCGAAAAGUUUCCCGCCCUGAAGCUUCCUAAAAUACUUCUGUGGGAGACGAAGGAGCAAUUCCUUGUAGAAGCUGAUCGCAGAAUGGUCACAAAGCUGGAUCGAAUGGCAACGAAGAUGGUUCAAAGAGCAUCUAUGUGUGACCUAAAGGACUGCUACCAGAGGGCAAUCAAUGCCUGCCUGAAUGAUUCAGACUCAUUAGGGAUGCAGCAAUUCUACUGCUGCCUUCCAUUUUCAGAGAGGAGUCAUCCUUUCUAUACACUCUACUGGAGUACCCAAAGGAACUGA